CGCCAUAGACUAAUGAUCGAUACAAGACUGCCUAAGAAAUACACAUGUAUAUGUCGAUAUUUGAAGUAAACACACAGCAUUUUAACGCGCAUACAUAUGAUGUAAUCCAUGUGCAACAUUUAUAUUAGACAAAAAUAUGGCGGACGGCGGACAACAGGUUGGACAGGUUGAGGUAAUGGAAACAGAAAAACAGGCUGAAAAAAAAAAGAAAAGGAAUGUUUUGAUUGCAAUUGAUGGUAGUAAACAUGCGGAAAAUGCGUUCAAAUGGUUUGCAGAGCACAUCUAUAACAAGGACACGGACAAUGUGAUGCUGGCUUUUUGCGCUGAAAUGGAUGCCAAAUUACCAACGGCAGCACUGAUGGGAAGUCCGGCUACCAUCCAUGCCUUGAGGGAAGAACACGAAAAGAGUGUGAAGAAAGUGUUCCAAACUUUUGAAAAACUUGCCAACGAAUAUAACGUCGAGCAUAAACUAGAACGUGUAGACCACCCGCACAGACCGGGGGAGGCUAUUAUAAAAGCGGCUGAGCAACAGGACGUGCACCUGAUUAUAGCCGGAAGUCGAGGUUUGGGAACAGUAAGGCGUACCAUUUUAGGCAGCGUCAGUGAUUACAUCAUACACCAUUCGCACGUGCCUGUCAUCAUCUGCAAACAUGAAGAUGAACACCAUAGACUUAAAUAAUAAUUUCAUUGAUGCACGUUAAGUAUUUUUGUCAUUAUUGCAAUGCUUCAGAGUUUUAUCACCUGAACUAAAUUGUUUUAUGGAUGCAACUUAUACUUUUUGGCAGCCUUCUCUGUUUACAAGUUCAAUUUAUCGUUUGUAUUUGUUUUAAUAAAUCAUAUUGAAUGUGUUGAAUGAAUCAGCCACAUGAAUUUUUUGUUCGGGUUGACUAUAUUAUAAUCAGUAUCAUUUGUAUUCAAGUAUCUGCAGUUAAAUGUAACAUAUGGCCUAGGUUAAGGGAUUCAAAUUUCAACAUAAUAAUCAUUAAAUUCAAAACCGAGUAACACUUCAAAAAUACAUGUUUGUCAAAUAUAAAAAACUUCUGUUGGUAAAUGUAUUAACUGAGUGACAUUGCAAAGUCUGAGCGUGAGUGGCUAUGUAUCGACCUGUUCCUGAGCACCUGUGGCUGUUUAUUGACUUAUUCUUGAAGCGAAUCUCAUGUAUUUUUAUGUAUGUGUUUUAUAUGUUCAUUUUUGUACUUUUCUCUAAGACCUGUCGGAUUUGGAAUGUUUGAAGUUAUAUGAUAAUGCACUUAUAAGUAAGAUUUUAAACAGUUUAAUUCGUGUACAACAUUGAACCUUACUGCCUGCAUUCCAUUAUGGUUUGUACACAUGUAUUGAAUAGGCUUUGUUUAAGCUGAAUAAGUUUUUUUUUUUUGAUAAAAUUUUUCUAUGUUUUUGAUAGAGAAAUUCAUGCACAAAACUGAAAGAUACAAGACUGAUUCACCAGUUCUGACAUUAUACUUAAUUAUUGUUUGAAGACAUAAGAGGUUUUAUAGAAUUUAUAGACCAAAUACUCAAAUCUAUCCAUGUUUGUAAGAAGCGCUUUUGUUUUUCAUUAAAUUUGGACCAUUAGUCUUGGGAACAGUUGAUGGUUUUUAUAUUUUUUCUUUGCUUUCAAGCUUAAGAUUUUAAGUUAAACAAUUUUGACAUCGUAAUUCUUUCUAAAUGUGCAGUUUAUAUCUAGACAAACAUUGUUAGUUUGUCACAUGCUUUAAACUACUUCGUCAGGAAAAUAAGUGUUGUGUCGCUCUGAAAUAAAUUUUCAUUUAAAAUGAAAGAGAA